CUCCCUCCCUCCUGCCCUCCCGCCCCGGCUCCCCCCGCUGCGGCCCCCGGAGGACCCGCCGCCCGCGCAGCUCCGUUUGCCCCCCGUCAGAAAGAUGAAAGAAACGAUCAUGAACCAAGAGAAACUUGCCAAGCUGCAGGCACAAGUGCGCAUCGGUGGGAAAGGGACUGCGCGCAGAAAGAAGAAGGUUGUCCACAGAACCGCAACAGCAGAUGACAAGAAACUUCAGUUCUCUUUAAAGAAACUAGGAGUAAACAACAUCUCUGGAAUUGAAGAGGUGAAUAUGUUUACCAACCAGGGAACAGUCAUUCACUUCAACAACCCGAAAGUUCAGGCAUCUCUGGCGGCUAACACCUUCACCAUCACCGGCCACGCUGAAACAAAGCAGCUGACAGAAAUGCUCCCCAGCAUCUUGAACCAGCUUGGAGCUGACAGUCUGACCAGCUUGAGGAGACUGGCAGAGGCUCUGCCUAAACAACCUGUGGAUGGAAAAGCACCGCUUGCUACUGGUGAGGAUGAUGAUGACGAGGUUCCAGAUCUUGUUGAGAAUUUUGAUGAGGCUUCCAAGAAUGAGGCAAACUGAAUUCAGAGCCUCUGAAGAAAGUGAAAACUUGAAAAAGCUAUGUGGAGCUGCUAUUUUAUAACACGUGUGACUGCUUUUUUUUUUUUUUUGUAAAAAAAAAAAACUUUGUUAUGUAUACGGAUCUGAUGAGGUUAUUAGAUCUAAUAUCUUGAGGCCCCUUGGACAUUGCAGCUCUUUUCAGUUCUUGCUUACCCACACUUCAUUCUUUGCAGCCUAAUUAAGCUGAACAAGCCUGGAAAUAAAGUUUGAAACAAAGGCUAAUAAAUCUUUGCCUUAUAUACUCAA